AUGACUUCGAGAGUUUCAGGUGAAUGUACACAGUGCCCCGAUAUCAGCUCUUCCUCGGACUUUUACUCCCGUCCGUUCCAAUCCAAAUUUUCCUUGAAAGGCAGGCGAUCCUACAGGAAAUCCUUCCGAUUCGCCGCCUAUUACGAUCCCAGCAUGUCCGAAUUGCUGCAAAACUUACAAUUCCCUUUAAAAAGAGGUGGGCAAGUACAAGAUACUUUAUCAACAAGAACUGCUACUCUUUCGGUUUUAAUAAUAUUUUUGACGUCCCUUUCGGCUCUUUUUCUAGUAUAUAAUACAUUCCCGAAGGUAUCCGAUGAAGAAAGUCAGUAUAUUAAAAUUCCUUGGAACAUAGAAGAUGCCAAGCAUCUUGGAAUUGUCUUGAAUAAAUACAAAACCGAGCAUUACUACCAAGUAAUGGCCGGUGUAUUUAUCACCUAUAUUUUUCUCCAAACGUUCGCCAUUCCGGGCUCACUGUUCCUCUCGAUCAUGUCGGGUUUUCUGUUCCCCUUCUUCACGGCGCUCGCCUUGGUGUGCACCUGCUCGAUGGUGGGCGCCUCGCUGUGCUUCAUGCUCUCCCAGCUGCUGGGCAGGAAGCUGGUGCUGCGCUACUUCCCGGCCAAGGCCGAGAGCUGGGCGCUGCAGGUGGAGCGCCACCGGUCCAACAUGUUCAACUACAUGGUGUUCCUGCGCGUGACGCCGCUGCUGCCCAACUGGUUCAUCAAUCUGACGGCCCCCGUCAUCGGGGUGCCGCUGUACCCGUUCGCGUUCGGGACGUUCGUGGGCGUCGCGCCGCCCUCGUUCAUAGCCAUUCAGGGCGGGCAGACUUUGAACGAGAUGACGGAGAGCGAUAGCGCGUUUAGCUUAUGGUCGGCCAUGUUGUUGAUUGUGUUUGGUGUUGUUUCUUUGGUUCCUAUAUUUUUGAAGGGGAAGUUUCGGGAGAAGGUGGAGUAG